CAAAUUCAGAAUUCCAAGUCCCCAAUAGCUCCUGUAAUUUCAAAUCCUCUCAAUCCCAAUGGAAGAACCACAGAGCCACUUCCUACUCCCCCACUCGACCUCGUCGGAGCUCUCAGCAGUCACGCUCGGCCGAGCAAUCUCCUCUCUCCUCUCCGCUCGCCCCAAAAAGCUACACGACGCCGUUUCGCAGCUCUCUCCUCUUCCUCCUCUCGCCUCCGUCUCCGGCUCCCUCGACGACUCGCUCCGCUUCCUCCACAACUACCUAAACGACGCCGCUCGCCGAAACGAGCCUCUCGAUGAAAUCCUCAUCCCUAUGCUCGAUCACAAUCUGAGGAACAAGGACUCGAAGCACGGCGGCCAAGCUUUGGUGGUUUUGAACUGGCUAUUUCAAGAUGAAGUGAUUUUCCGAGCUGGUUGCGACGGCGCUGGUUAGAGUGAUUUCGACCAAGGAUGAUCGGUUUGUUGUGCUCGGAUGGUGUACUUUCGUGCGUGGUGUAUUGGAGUAUGAGAGCUCUGUUACUCAAUUUCCGAUGAACGGGAUAAAGGAGAGGUAUCCUGAUUUGUUGAAGAUACUUGCUUCGUGUAUUCCGCAGCUCUCAGUUGUUCUGCACAAGGGAAGCACUUUGCAGGAUGGAUAUGAACUGCCCUCUCGCCUUGCUGUGUCUGCUGCUAAUUGUUUUCUGUCUCUCUCGGAAGCAUUGAUCAGAAAAGCUAAAGUUUCAAGUAACAAGGCAAAAAAGCGUCCGGUUGUGUCCCUUGAUGGUGGUGAAAAGAAAGCAAAGCCAGCUCCUGAAACUUUAGACGCCUCAAACAUGGAGUUGGACUAUAUACUUUGGGAUCAUUUAGAGGAAGUUUAUGGUCUAGUGCAGAAACUCGUUGCUUGGAGCAAAAAAAGCCGACCUUUGCAUGCCAAAGGAUUGGAACAAGUGCUUAAGUGGUUGCAUGAGAUUAAAGGACAUUAUCGUAACGUGAAAGCUGAGGCAGGCUCGAAGGUUAUCAAAACUGGAAUGUUGCUACUGUCUUCUUGUUGGAAGCAUUAUGGCAUGUUAAUGAAUUUGGAAGAUCAGAAAUUUUCCCAGCAUUACAAAGAACUGUUGGACCAAUACGUAGCAGGCAUACAGUUUUAUGCAAGUCAGACUGAGAAUAAGGAUGGGAGUUCUGAGACCAUAAAGUUCUUUCUGAAUUGUUUAUGCCUUCUACUGGGGCGAUUUGAUAGCAAGAAAUUUGAUAGCAUAGUCUCUGAAUACGGGAUGAGGAUAUCUCAGGUUCUCUUAGCACAGGGGUUGUGUGUAUAUUCAAAGCAUUAAUAUUUAAGCAAAAAUCGUCUGGAAGCAGUCUCACUGACACUGGAGAGGUGGAUGCUGUGCUUCCGCUGCUGAUUCACGUUCUCGAUGAACGAGAUGGCACAGCAAGAGCUGUGGUUCUGCUUAUAGCAGAAUACUGCUUGAUGAGCAGAGACAGUCAGUGCCUUAAAGAAGUUAUUGAGCGUCUUACUUCUGAAGAUGUUCAACAGAGAAGAAAUGCAGUUGAUGUUAUAUCAGAAGUCAUACAUUUGUCUUCAGACUCAAAAAA